AUGCACCUCUCAGGCAAAUACAUCUCCGCCCUCUGCCUCCUCGUGACAGGCAUCUACGCCCAAGCCGGCCCCUCCGGCAGCGACACGGGCAACACGCUCUGUUUGGGGAGCUGUGCGGAUACGCCGGAGGAGGCGGGUUGUCAGGGUGCGGCUGUUGCUACUUUCCGGGAGAAAAAACAAUGCUGGCUGUGCUGCUUAAACGACGACCAUUUGGAUGAUUUUGCGGAUCAUAUGGAUGAUGUUCUCCCUAGAAGGGCUGGACAUGAGUAG